GCUGCCUAGAAAAGGAAGUUUCUUCAGGGUGCAAGAAGAAGGCGGGAUGACCAGCCUGAGGAGCCUGAGGCUAUGGGCGCUGCUGGCGCUGGCUUUUCCGGGGGACUGCAUACCUCACCGGGGGCUCCUCUUCCCCUUCGGCUUGGAGCGAGGCGACGCUGCACUGGAGUCCGGGGACGACGUGAGCUCCCCGCCUCUGGAGCUGGACACCCCGCUGCGCUUCUACGGAGCCAGUGUGAACUCCCUCUAUGUUCUUACUAAUGGCAUCAUUGCAGUGAAUGAACCGCCAAGGGAAGAAGAUUAUCUUGGUCAAUUUCCUCUCAGUUUUGGAGGUAUUGCUCCCUUUUACGCUGAUUUGGAUACCACCGGUAGACAUGGGAAGGUAUAUUAUAGGGAAGAUUCAUCUCCUGAUGUCCUCCAUCUUGCUGCCAAGUAUAUUAAAAGAGGCUUUCCGGAUACUACCUUAGAUCUACACAGUGUUGUCAUUGUUACUUGGGAUUCUGUGGCUCCUUAUGCAGGACCUGGAGAAGACACCAGUUUGCAAGUGAAGAGAAACACAUUCCAGGCUGUUUUAGCGUCUUCUGAUUCGAGUUCCUAUGCUGUUUUCCUUUAUCCAGAAGAUGGUUUGCAGUUCUAUAGUACACGUUCUAAAAAUGAUAUGGAAAUUAGCCCUGCUAUUGUUGGCUUUAGUCAACCCUCUACAAAUUAUUUCAUAUGGAUAAAACCUGGGUCAUACAAUAUAAUUGCAAAUGAGGAAGAAGUCAUUGGGAAUCUGCACAGGAGCAGUAAUCUGGGAAACCAAGGAGUCUGGGCAUUUGAGAUUGGUAGUUCAGAUAAUAUUAAGUCACCCAAAAUUAUUCAAACUCCUGCUGCUGCAGAGUAUAAUGACUAUGAUCAGUCCCAAGAAGUAACUACAGACCCUUCCAUAUUACACCCGGAUUCCAUUGAAAUACAUCAACAAGAAGAAUCAUCUCUUUCCAGAAGAGGAGAUCAGCUGUAUGUUAGUUACAGUUUGCCUCAGAUAGAAGCAGAAGAUGGUUUGCAGACACAAUAUCAAUUUUUAACAGAGCAUCCACCAGUUUAUCCUCCACUCCCAACAGGGAAAAACCCACCUCUCCAGUUUCCAGGCCAACAAUUCCCUCAGCAGCACCCUCAGAUUAUCGAUGUAGAAGAAGUUGAUGAAACUGGAAUUGUGUUUCGUUACAAUACAGAUGUCCAGCAAACCUGUGCAAACAACCGCCAUCAGUGUUCUGUUCAUGCUGUUUGCAAGGACUAUCCAGAUGGCUUUUGUUGUAGCUGUAUUGCUGGUUACAAAGGAAAUGGCCGGCAGUGUGUAGCAGAAGGCUCACCUCAGCGAGUUAAUGGGAAAGUCAAGGGACGGAUCUUUGUAGGUAACAACCCAGUUCCAGUAGUAUUUGAAAACACUGACCUGCACUCUUACGUUGUGAUGAACCAUGGACGUGCCUAUACUGCUAUCAGCACAAUUCCAGAAGCUUUGGGGUUUUCCUUGCUUCCUCUUGCCUCCAUCGGAGGAGUCAUUGGAUGGAUGUUUGCUGUGGAACAGCAAGGAUAUAAAAAUGGGUUCAGUAUUACCGGUGGUGAGUUUACAAGACAAGCUGAAGUUACAUUCCUCAACAGUAAUGACAAGCUGAUCAUCAAACAGAAGUUCAGUGGAAUUGAUGAACAUGGACAUCUUACAAUCAGCACAGAACUUGAAGGCAGAGUGCCUGAUAUCCCAUUUGGUUCUUCUGUUCAGAUAGAGCCCUAUACUGAGCUCUAUCAUUCCUCUAGCUCUGUUAUCACAUCAUCAUCUACCAGAGAGUACACUGUGACAGAACCAGAAAGAGAUGGAGUCUCGCCAACUUACACAGUUCCUUACCAGUGGCGGCAGACAAUCACGUUUGAUGAGUGCAUUUAUGAUGACUCUCAUCAUUCUGUUUCAGCCACACAGCAGUUAUCAGUGGAUAGUGUCUUUGUCUUGUAUAACAGAGAUGAACAGAUUUUACGAUAUGCAAUGAGCAAUUCAAUUGGUCCUGUCAUUGGUGAUUCAGCUGAUAUAAACCGCAAUCCUUGCUACACGGGCUCCCAUGGCUGUGACACCAAUGCAGUCUGUCGCCCAGGAACAGGCAGUCAGUACAGCUGUGAAUGUUCAGUGGGCUUCCAAGGAGAUGGCCGUGUAUGCUACGAUAUAGAUGAAUGCCUGGAUCAGCCAACAGUAUGUGGCAGCAAUGCAGUCUGUAAUAAUCAGCCAGGAACUUUCAGAUGUGAAUGUCUAGAAGGGUAUCAGUUUUCAGCUGAUGGACGAACAUGCGUUGCUGUUGAUCGUGUCGUCAAUCAUUGUGUGACAGGCACACACACUUGCGAUAUCCCUCAGCGUGCCCGCUGCAUAUACACCGGUGGUUCUUCUUACAUCUGCACAUGCCAGUCUGGCUUCUCUGGAGAUGGGCGCUCCUGUGUGGAUAUAGAUGAAUGUCAGCUCAGUCGCUGCCACCCAGAUGCUUUCUGUUACAAUACUCCGGGAUCCUUCAGCUGCCAAUGUAAAGCAGGCUAUCAUGGGGAUGGUUUCCAGUGUGUGCCAGGAGAACUAGAGAAGACAAAAUGUCAACAGGAACAGGAACAAGUUUUAACUUUUGGUCCAAGAGGACCCAGGCCAGCUGGUCAGUUCAUUCCUCAGUGUGAUGUCUAUGGGAAUUAUUUGCCAACUCAGUGCCACUCCAACAGUGGAUAUUGCUGGUGUGUAGACAGAGAAGGUAAUGAGAUUGAUGGCACCAGAACUGGCCCAGGAAUCCGACCUCCAUGUCUGAGCACAGUUGCGCCUCCAGUUGCAGUUGGACCCUCUGUAAAACCAGAUGCAAUUCCUCUGCCUCCAGGAACACACUUGCUAAUUGCACAGAGUGGAAAGAUUGACCAUGUCCCUCUAGAGGGGAACACUAUGAAGAAAUCAGAUGCAAAAGCUUUGCUGUAUGUGCCAGAUAAAGUUGUCAUUGGAGUUGCCUAUGACUGCUUGGAGAAGAUGGUUUACUGGACAGACAUCAGCAGUCCUUCCAUAAGCAGAGCAAGCCUAGGUGGAGGUGAACCAACAUCCAUCAUAAAAACAG